AUGGACGUUCCUCCGGUGAUGUCCGGCGCAAAGUGCAGUAAUUCAGAUUUCAGUAUAGAAAGAAUAUUAAGUGAAGAUCCGAGACACAGAACAGUAGAGCAGUCUGAAACUCCUAGCUGGCUAUGUUGCACGCGCUAUAAACCUCCGCGUCUUCCACGGUCAGUGAACAGUAACGCGUGUCGCGGUCGGCGUUCGGGGCGGCACGCGCGGGUGCCGUUUACGGCCACGCAGGCGGCUGCGCUAGAAGCGGCGUACGCGCGCGCCCCUUAUCUCGCGCCGCCAGCACUGCGCGCCCUCGCAGCCGCCUUGCAACUCCGAGAUGACAGGAUUAAAAUUUGGUUUCAAAAUCGUCGCGCACGUGAACGUAGAGAGAAAAGUGCUAUCAUCCCACCACCAAGAGACGCGACCCUGGCUCCGACAACACAAAGAAUUACUUUCACGCCCGAUACUUGGAUAACAUAUCCUAAUACUGGCCUACUUACUUUAUCUAAUGGACACUAUGUCAUUGAUAACUCACUGACGACAGUCGAUCACAACUUGCCUGUAGACACGGAGACGCCACAUGAUUUGAUAGAGAAUUCGUUGCCUGUAACUAUUUUUCAACCACAUUCCGCUGAAGAAACAACGGACGAAGAAAGAUCUGAUACACCUUUAGAUGUUGAAAAUAUCGAAUAGUGACAAUCUCACACUUUCUGUCAUGUAUCGCAUGAUAGAUGAGCAAGUAUAGGAGUAUUAUACUAAUAUCACCAUAAGUUGUCAAAAUAAUUAUUAGAGCUAAAAUUAUAAAUAUCUGUGAUAAUAUCUGUAUGAA